AUGGCAUCAAGCGCCCUGAACAAGGGCUCUUGGAGGCCGCCAGUGGCUCCUGCGGCUGGCGCAGCACAGCGAGGCCUGGGUUAUAUUGUGCAGCAGCAGCAGCAGCAUCAGGAGCAAGAGCAGCAGCAAAUGAAGCAACAGCACCAACUGCAGCCGCAAUACAGAGUAAGAACUGCAGCAGAGGAUGACGCAAACACCCGCAUCUCUGACGCAGAGGCAAAGAUCGAAGUCACAGCGCAGUGCAGGUCCAGAGAUGAGGUCUUCCAAGCGCUGAAAGAGGCCAUACAAUUGCACCCUGUUUUAUCUCGAAAGCACCGGGAGCUUCUGGCAAACACCGUAAAGGCGAUGAUUGCUGACUGCCGUUCUUCUUAUUACAUGAUUUCUGGAGCUCAUGCAGCUUUGCAAGCUGCGGGUCCGGCAUGGCAGGGGGCUCGCGAGAGAGGUGCUGCUGUUGCUGCUUGUCGUGCUGCUGCUGCUGCUGCUGCGGGGCUCACUAUGGCGGGUAUGUCCCCUAAAGAAGCAGCAGAAACUGCAGCAGACACAGCAGCAUCAAAAGGAGUGGGUGCAACUCGGAACCUUGUGCCUCGAUACAAGCUGCAGCAGCAGCGGCGGCACAGUGCUGCAGCUGCUGCUGCUGCGCUGCACCGGGCUCAAGCAGCAGCAGCAGCAGCAGCAGAUGAUGACAGUUCCUCUGUGGACCCAGAAGGCGACCCAUGCAAACCUCUGCCCCACAGGAGCAGCAGCAGUAGCAGCAAUAUGGACAGCAGCAGCAACGACAACGACAGCAGCAACAGCAACGACAACAACAACAGCAGCAACAGCAGCAGCAGCAGCACCACUACCACCAGCAUCGCGCCGGACUCCGCAGCAGCUGUGAGUCAAGGGAUGCCGAUCCCGGAGCAUCUUCUCGAUACAAUUCUUUCUGAUGUUGUUUUACCUUUUUCUGAAUACUUCUGCAAGAGAUUAGAUGCCUUCUUAAGACAACUCAUUAAUGAAGUGCGGUCACUCGCAAACAAAAUCCAUAAUAUCGUCAACCGCUCACUCAUGCCUGCUGCAGACUCCACGGAGGCGAGGGUCUUUUACUUGCAACUCAACGCAGAUGUAUCCCGAUAUGCAUCUCAGGUAUGCGCUGUGUGUGAAGGCGGCUAA